AUCUUUCUUUUUCAACGGUUUUGCAUUUAAAGUCUCUGUUUUGAAAACUGUUGUGUUUGUUUCCAACUUUCUUAAGUGAACUCACAUGCUUGCUUGCUUGUUGUUCAUCUUCUUACACGAGUACAACUACGAGUUUGUCCUUUUUACUCUCUCCUUUUUCUCUGUUUUAAAACUUUUAAGUUUCUUUUUUGGGUUUCUCUGUUUAGACAAAUCAGCUGCCUUCUCUUCUUUACCUAGUUGUGGAUCAGAGCUCGGUUCUUGAUUAAAGACAAGUUUUUUUUUGAAGUAAUCACACCUUCUUUGUUUGUGUUGAGUUGAGUGGGAGCUGUGACAUAGUUUUGAAUUUUUGCUCUCUUGUCUGAUUGGAUCAAGCAAGAAAGUUUGAAACUUUCAGUUAGGUCGUCCGUUGUUGUCACUAAGAUAAAAGAUCGUUUCUUAUGGACUCCCCACAAUCAGUUGUUUCACCAUUCAAGACUGGUGAGUCCGAGAAUGACAACUCAGCUUCUGUCCACAGCUCUAGAAACCAAUCAAACAGCAUCAAAUCCAAUGGAAAAGAUUCCAUCAGCUGCGGCCAACAAGAACUUGUUGGUGGUACUCUUGAGGUUUAUGUGCAUCAAGCAAGAGACAUCCACAACAUCUGUAUCUACCACAAACAAGACGUGUACGCCAAGCUUUGCCUUACAAGUGAUCCUGAAAAGUCUGUCUCCACCAAAAUCAUCAACGGCGGUGGGAGGAAUCCUGUUUUUGACGACAAAGUGAAGCUUGACGUCAGGGCUUUGGACGCUUCCCUCAAGUGUGAGAUUUACAUGAUGAGUAGGGUGAAGAAUUAUCUUGAAGACCAGCUUCUUGGUUUUACUUUGGUUCCUAUGUCUGAACUGCUCUUCAAGAAUGGGAAACUUGAGAAAGAGUUCUCUCUUUCUUCCACUGAUCUGUACCAUUCUCCUGCUGGUUUUGUUCAGUUGUCUCUCUCCUACAAUGGUUCCUACCCUGAAGUGAUGGCUUUUCCAGCUGUUUCUGGUGAUGAUCAAAGUGGCAAGAAUCAAGAAGGGUCUGAAUCAGUUCCGGAUGAGUUGGAGAAGAUAGAGUUUCCUGAUCCUAAUGUUGCAAAUGAAAACGAGAAGAUGGUUUCUGAGUAUUUUGAGAUGUCCUCUUCCACUAUUGAGUCAGAAACUUCAGACAGCUUGGUUACUUCUGAUACUGAGAAACAUGUAAUGAAGCAAGAUUCACCUGAGAGCAGCAAUGCAACAAAUGGAGACGCUUCUCCUCACGCUUCAGCUCACUCAGCCACAGAAACACCAAACCAUGAGCAUCUCUCUCAGGUGAACUCCAAAGCGGAUUCUCAGGAGGAGUCAGAGAGUGAGGCUUCAGCUGAGACAUCUGAGGAGAAGAUUGUGAAACCCAUCAUCAGUGUGAGGAAGGUUGAGACAGAGUCAAAGGUGGUGCAGCAGGAUAUAGUAGACAUGUACAUGAAAAGCAUGCAACAGUUUACUGAUUCACUGGCUAAGAUGAAGCUUCCUCUGGACAUUGAUAGCCCAACAAAGUCAGAGGAUUCAAGCUCUGAUGUUUCUCAGAAGCUGCCAACACCAAAGAGCAACAAAGGAUCCCGUGUGUUCUACGGGAGCAGGGCUUUCUUCUGAGCAUCUCUUUUACCAAGUUCAGAGGCAAGAAAGACUAAUCUCCUAAUGAUGUAAUUUUUAUAAUGUUACUAUUUGAUGUUGAACCUCCCAUGCUUUAGUUGAUGUGAAGUUAUUAUUAUGUAUCACUAGCCUUUGUACUAUUUAGAAACGUAUGCUGCCUAAUCAUGUUUGUUUUUCUCUU